AGCAACUGGUGAAAGUGAGUUGGAUGGAUGAGGAAGGGAUAUUUGCGAAUUCAUAAUAUUUUCAUUUGAUACUUCCAGCACUAAAUACCGUGGUUUGCUUUAAAGGAAUCAAAAUGCCAUUGUUCACACAGAAUCCUUUCGACCAGGAUGUUGAGAAAGCAACCAGUGAAACCAACACAACAGAUGACUGGGGCCUUAUCAUGGAUAUCUGUGACCGUGUUGGGACAACACCCAAUGGUGCAAAGGAGUGCCUGAAGUCCAUCUUGAAGAGGGUCAACCACAAGGUCCCACAUGUUGCCAUGCAGGCCCUGACCUUGCUGGGUGCCUGUGUCUCAAACAGCGGAAGAAUCUUUCACUUAGAGAUCUGUUCGAGAGACUUUGCCAGUGAAGUCCGGGGCGUACUGAACAAGGCCCACCCCAAGGUCUGUGAGAAACUGAAAGCCCUAAUGGUGGAGUGGGCUGACGAGUUCCAGAAGGAUCCCCAGCUGAGCCUCAUCGGCGCCACCAUCAGGUCCCUGAAGGAGGAGGGUGUGAGCUUCCCCCCGUCGGGCUCUCAGAGUUCCUCCAGCACAAAGGCCACCACCUCUGCCACUAGUAAAGGUUCAGAUGACGAUGACUUGGCGAAAGCCAUUGAGCUGUCUCUGCAGGACCAGAGGCAGCAGGCGGAGACGCGGCCGCUGACCGUGCCCGCCGACCCCCCCUACAACAGCAACAACGGCAAGGACUCCCGCAAAGUGCGCGCCCUCUAUGACUUCGAGGCGGCUGAGGACAAUGAGCUCACCUUCAAGGCAGGCGAGCUCAUCAUCGUCUUGGAUGACAGUGACCCAAACUGGUGGAAAGGAGAAAACCACAGAGGCGUGGGACUCUUCCCAUCCAACUUUGUCACGACCAAUCUGAACGCAGAGCCCGAGCCAGUAACGUUUGUGGAGAAGUCUCCUCCCCCCGAAGAGACCAGCCAAGAAGCUAAAGCAGAACCCGAGCCUGUGUUUAUAGAUGAGGAAAAAAUGGACAGAACACUGCACUUGCUUCAGAACACGGAUCCUGCCGACACAGAACCUGACUCCGCGGAGCUUUUCCAGCUGGAGGAUGCGUGUGAACAGAUGAAUCCAAUGAUUGAUGAGAAGCUUCAGGAGAUUGACAGAAAGCAUUCGGAGCUGUCGGAGCUGAACGUGAAAGUCCUGGAGGCCCUGGAGCUGUACAACCAGCUGAUGAACGAGGCGCCUCUCUAUUCGGCCUACUCCAAGCUGCAGCCCCAGGCCCACUACCCACCCACGUCAGCGGCCGUCCCAAUGCAGGCUUACAUGGGCCAGCCUCAGAGCGGGGCGUACAUGGCAUCAGCGGUGCCUCAGGGCCCCCCCGGAGCAGCCUACAGCCUGGGCCCUGACCAGGCUGGCCCCCUGUGCUCCCUUCCACCCACCGUUAACACACCUGUCACCAGCCAGACAGCGCAGCCCCCCUACAUCAGCAGUGGGGUAAAUGCAGCGUACAUGAGCCAGGCCCCUGGAGGUCCCGCCCCUUACCCACAGCAAAUGGGUGUGGCAAUGGACAUGUCAGCCUAUCAGAACACUAACCCCAGCAUGACACCAGCUUCCUACCCAAUGGCAGCUCCCGCUCACCCUGGCACCCAGCCUCAGGCCACUUACUACCAGCAGCCUCUACUCUAAGCCAGUGCAAUAAAGUCAACUCAGUCUCAGUGGCUAUCCCUGAAAACUGUUCAUCAACAGCAAGUUAGGUUGCAUGAUUUUUCUUUUCUCUUUAUUUUUUUCUCCGCCAUGGAGUUAAGGGUUUGCUAAUUUAGUUUGCUGGAGCAGCAGUCAGUGGUCAGUAUGCAGAGCUGUUGUCAUCUGUUAUUGAAGAAGGACCACAGGUGCAGAGAGGCAUAUCUGAAAUGAGAGCCAUUGUGGUUUAGUGGAGUUUGAAGUGUGCCCUAAACCUUCUUCUCCUUUACUUCUGUUUCCAACCUCCAAUUAGAGAGUAGUGGCAGCUGCUGAUGUCUGAGUUGUUCAUGCUGUGACCUGUCAUCAGCAUUUUUUAAACAUACGCGAUCAUUUGCAACAUUGAAAACCAAACUUUUCUUCUUAAGCAUUGAUAGCCUUCACUGUAAUAUACAGCAGUAACCUCUGCCUGCAGCUGAAAACUACAAAACACAUUAAUUUGAAUUUUGAGUGUGAAUUAAUUGGGGUUCGUCUUCUUUUAUUACGUUAGCUGACAGGAUUAAUUUUCUAUCCGGUCAAAGUCAAUAUUCUAUGGUUGGGGAAAUAGUGGAUAAAUGAAAGCAGUGUAGCAUAGCAACUGUCAUCUGCAGAUUUAGUUAAAAUUUUUAUUUAAAAAGCUCAUGACAGAUGAUCAGCUGAGUGAUUAUUAAAAUCAAGAAAUCAAUACUAUUAACAGUGUCCACCAAAAAUACAGAACUGAAGUAAAGCCAUAUAGCGGAGGCGUAUGGUGGAUUAAAACCUUAUAGGCACUACAGUCUGGUUCAUCAGUCGGACAUCAGUCAGAGCAAAACAGUAGGCUCCAUAUUACUUUGCCCCCUAAAGGGUGCAAACAGGUACAGUUUUGUUUAAAACAACAUAGCUAUGAGCAGUACAAGACAGAUGUGUGUUUUGACCUGUCAUAUAUUGGUACACAACGGGAAGGUUGGUCUUAUUUAAACGUCAGUUUUUCCACUCAAUUUUCCUUUUCCACUAUCGUUCAGAUGUCAAGGACUACAUCUCCCAGCUGACAUGGAUAACGGUAUGAAGAUGAAAGCCAAAAUGCAAUGUAAAAUUCUUGAGGGUAAAUUAUUGUGCAUUGCAAAGCAGGUAAUUCCAAUGUUUAAAUGAUUGAGGCUCACCAUUGACAUCAGUAACAGAAACAGUGAAUGCAAGCGAAGAGUACAGCCCAAACAGAAGCAAAAAAUAUUUAUGAUGUUUUUUUUUUCUUUGUACACUUUUCAUUUAUGUGUCAAGACUUUUAGAACAUCUUGGGAAUGGUCCAUGUCUUUAAAAAGAAUCUGAUCCAUUCUGGAAAAAAAAAGCUUAUUCCAAGUUUGUGUUUUGGUCCACUUAGUUAUCAGUGUACUCCUGUUAAUGAGAAGGUCUGCAAGCCUUUGGUAGUUAGUGUUUAUUUUUUUACAUUGCUUUAAUGUCUGUCUGCUUUACAGUUGUAGGACCUGUGUGAAAACGAUGGAUGUUGUUGACCAUUGGUUCAGAUAGCUACAGUAGAGAAUGACCCUUAAUAUGCAAAUAAUAGAUUCUCUGCACCAUGCGUGAUGGAAGCUGUAGUUAGGCUUUUAAUUUAAUAUUUGUAAAUUUCAGCUCUUGUUCCCAGAUUUGUAUUUUAUCUGGAAUAUUAUUUUCUUUGUGGAAGAAAUGUAAUUAGGUCCUCCUUCAAUGGUUUUGAAAUGUAAAAUGUAUCUUUGAUUUUUUUCCAUUUUACCUUUGUGUCUUAUCCAAAAUACAACCAGAACAGACCAGUCAACCACCUAGCUUAAAUGCUGACAAACAGUUGAAGUGUGUAGUCUUUUAAAAUUAAAAAAGGAAAUGCUAAUCCAUUUAAGAGGCCUAGAGCGCUAUUAGGCUUGCAAAAGCAAUGAGCAUAGGUAAACUUGCAUUUUGGGAGAGAAAUUAGAGGACCAGAAUUGAUCAAUUCUGUUGUAUUUGUUUCCGGCUGGUUGAGUUAUGGUAUAAAUGAGGAAAUUGUGUACACAUUGUUUUCUUUACCUGUCACAUGAAGUUUAUUGUAUAUUAGAUGUAAGAUAUCUUGCAUUGUUGGUAUUGCACCUUAACUUUAUAAACAUUUCUUUGCCACUGGAUGCCUUGUUUUCUUUAAAUUUUCAAAUAAAAACAGACAAAAAUAAAAAUUCAUUUCAGAAGCUGCUGUAUAUCUAGGACUAUAUAUAUAGAGGGAAGUUUCUAUCCAGUACUGGCAUAUUCUCUUAUA